AUGACAGAACGCGCGUUUCAUCUCUACUCUCUCAUGCCCCGGGGGCUUGGAGGCUAUCUCGCCCCGUCCCCAACCCCUGGGGACCAUGACAUUCACGAUGUUGGCGCUGCACAGAGCGUAUUACACAUCGCAGAGGGCGUCAGGGCGGAGAGCGGAGCCUCCGAGAGGCCGAGACUCUCGGAAGGUCGCGUGCGCCGAGGCUCCUUCUCUUCGCAUUCCAACGUCCUCCGAUGCUUUCAACGUAGUCUAUUGACUCUGCACGCCUUGCUUGCUUGUGAGAUGGAAGAAGACCCUGUUGUUUCUUUCUCGCAGGCAGAGGAAAAUGAGGAACGAAAUGCUGCUGCGACCGAGAAGCUGGCCGUGGGUAUCCCGAUUUAUUUGUCAUCGAUGUCGCCAACGCAAGGUAAAAUGCGACAGGAGGAGUCUGUGCUCUCACUGCGCCAAAGCUGGGGCACGAUGCUCCUCAGUCGGAGGAUGAGCCUGUUGAGCUAUGAGUCGACCAAGAAAAUCGACGCUAAUCAGCAAGACCGUUACUCGUCUUCGUUCGGACCAACACCAUCUGCUUCCUCGCUCGGCUCUACGCCAAAUCUAGGAUCCCUGCCUUAUAACACCGUCGGCGAUGGUGUGCGUGAAGUGCACGGCAACUCGUCCAAAGCGGAGUACGAGGGAGAAUCGUCGCUGUUCGCUCACGCCGUCUUCGCCAGUCGGUUUCUGCAGAAUGCCGUGGACAACGCGACGAACGCCGAGGUCGCGCACGAGAUGGGAAACAUCCUGGACAGCCUCCGGGCUGCCGUUCAGUCUGGGAAACAACAUUCUGAUACGCUCGGUAGCCUGUAUCCUCAUGCUACAGCGAUGCCACCGGGCUCGACGACGCGCAAUCUCCCUUUGCCGCCCACCGACAAGGUGUUCAUGUGCUUGCGGAUGGCCAAGGAAUGUCCGCAGGUGGCUACGCUCUGGUUAGGCGAUUUUAUCAGGCCCGCCCAAUUUAACGACUACUUUAUCAAAGUCGCAUCGCCGGGCCCGGCGAUUGAAGCCGACUUGAUUAUCGUCCAUUGCGGUCUGUUCUGGCUGUUUUGCGAAUGCUCUAAAGCCGUCUUGGACGAGGAAACGAAGCAAGAUUAUAACGCGCAGGCGUUUCAUUGUGAGGCAAACCUCCAGGCGGUCCUUGCCAACCUUCGCUUUCAUCAGCCAACAAAUAUGGACUUUGCAUAUGCGAUGGGCAUGGCGGCGUUAUAUUGCCUUCAGAAGAGCAAGCCAUCUGCCGCGUGGAAUUUCAUCAAUUCAGCCUCACAUAUAAUACAGGCUCUUGGAUUGCAACACAACCUGCCUGCAGGCAUAGAAGGAGCGGAAGAAAAGGCCCAGAAGAAGAACCUGUUCUGGACGAUAUACAUGACCGAGAAAAUGCUGUCGCUCCGCCUAGGUCGUUCAUCGUCCUUUCGAGAUCAGGACAUUACCUUGACCCGUUCUGGUAUGCAGCGUCCCGGCAGCACCUUCUUGGCUGAGUUGGCACCUGGAUGGAUCAAUAUGGCGAGUAUCCAAGGCCGGAUAUAUGAGGAGAUCUAUAGCCCAGGGGCCCUCAUGCAGCAGCCGUACAUCCGGACAUCCCGUGCCCAGGCUCUUGCGGCAGAGUUGAAAACUGUCAUGCAGCAUGCGCAAGACAUACAUGACCAUUAUACCGUAAAUAAAGGACAAGUACUAGGGCUGGAUUACCACGAAAUAGCCAGAUUGUCUGACCGAGUCAUCGGCCUUUCCAUGCUGACGCUCAUCUACCGGAGCAUUGCGCCAGAGAAACCCUCCACAUCGGGAUUUUGUCACGAGUGCAUCGACACCGCUAGAGAAACGCUCCGAGAACAUGACCGAUGCGUUGCCGUCAUCACCAAAGCGCAAGGGAAUACCGUGUUCCUGGAAGCAUAUAUAAACUGGACCAUCAUCCAGUCCCCCUUCAUCCCUUUUAUCAUUCUUUUCUGCCAUAUCAUCGAGACCUGUGAGGCCUCGGAUCUGGAACACAUGAUCGGUCUCGUGCAGACGCUGGAGUCGACAUCGAGCUCGAGCGCAUAUCGCACGUGUAGCAGGCAACGGGAUCUCUUUAGGGCGUUAUACGACGUCGCGGCCAAGUACGUCGAGGUUAAAUCGUGCGCGCACGGUGCGCAAGCCGGAAUGUCGUGGUCGAUGGAGAGUCUCGGGUUCGGGGAAAUGGACUCUGCGGGGAUUGUGGGACACUCGGGGACGACGAAUACCGCGGAUGCUCCUCCAAGUCAUUCGCCGUCGCAAGUUGAGGUGAAUAGGGAUGUGGAUGGGCUGGUUGGGCCUUGGGCGUUGCAGAACCUGGUAGGUGGGGAUGGGGACCUGGAGAUGGAUCUCUCGGGGGUUCAACUUUGGGAUUGGUUCAAUAAGAACCAGUCUAUUAUGAGGAUGCUUGAGGAUACAUAG